GAUGCAGGAGCCCCAUAGGAGGGUGGCCUGUGAGAGGGACAGCCAGGACAAGCCCACAGGGCCAAGGAUUAUCUUACUAAGGCUUCCUUCUCUGCCCUAGAGGAGGGGCUCGGGGCAGAUCACAGGUGGGCAUCUGCCCAGCUCUCUGAGUCUUCACCUGCCACCCUCAGAUGGGAAGGUUGGGGGAGCUUGGGCUACCCAACAGUCUGUCCUCUUGAGGGGCACCCUCCUGUAAGACCCCCCUCCAGUUCCUAGAGGGUGUUCUUAAGGGCCCUGUUCCCCAUGCCCACACCCUUCUCCCACCCCAACAUACAGCCAGCUGGGAAAGUAGAGCCCCUAUGGCAGUUCUCCUUGGGCCCCAAGCUCUUCCCUGCCAAAUCUCCUAGGUCUGAGCCCUGAUGACCAGUGUCCUGCAACACUCAGGUCUGAGGGGCUUCCCUGGACUGGAACUUCCAGUGCUAAUACCAGACAAUCCUGGUAAAGUGGAAUGGCCAGUUCCCCUACCCCAGCCCACUUGACUGUCCCUCUACCAGCAGCAUGGUCCCCAGGCCAGGCCUGGGUCCCCAACCACUGCAGGAGCCCCAGCGAGAUCACGUGUAAUUUCGUGUGUGACUGCCAAGACUGCUCAGACGAGACCCAGUGUGGUUACCAUGGAGCCUCACCCACCCUGGGCACUCCCUUCACCUGUGACUUUGAGCAGGACUCCUGUGGCUGGCGGGACAUCAGCACCUCAGGCUACAGCUGGCUCAGGGACCGGGCAGGAGCUGUGCUGGAGGGUCCUGGGCCUCAUUCUGACCACACUCAUGGCACUGACCUGGGCUGGUACAUGGCUGUGGGAACUCACCGUGGGAAAGAGGCGUCCACCGCAACCUUGCGCUCCCCUGUCCUGCGUGAGGCUGCCCCCACUUGUGAGCUGAGACUCUGGUACCUCACAGCCUCUAGAGAUGUGGCUGAGCUGCGACUAGAGGUGACCCAUGCUGCAGAGACACUGACUCUGUGGCAGAGCUCGGGACCCUGGGGUCCUGGCUGGCAGGAGUUGGCAGUGAUCACUGGCCGUAUCCAAGGCAACUUCCAAGUGACCUUCUCUGCCACCCGAAAUGCCACUCACAGGGGCACUGUGGCCUUGGAUGAUGUGGAAUUCUGGGACUGUGGGCUACCCAGUCCCCAGGCCAGCUGCCUCUGGGGACACCAGCACUGCCAAAACCAGGCCUGUGUGGAGCCCCAUCAGCUGUGCGAUGGCGAGGACAACUGUGGGGACAGAUCUGAUGAGGACCCACUCACCUGCAGGCAGUACAUGGCCACAGACUUCGAGACAGGUCUGGGCUUGUGGAACCAUUCGGAAGGCUGGGCCUGGAACCACAGUGCUGGUGGUCCAAUGGAUUCUGCCUGGCCACGCCGAGACCACAGCCAGAACAGUGCACACGGUUCUUUCCUAGUCUCUGUGGCCAAGCCUGGAACCCCUGCUGUCCUCUUCAGUCCAGAGUUCCAAGCCUCAAGCCCCUAUAACUGCUCGCUCAUCUUCUAUUACUACCUGCAUGGGUCCAAGGCCGGCUACCUCCAGCUUCUCCUGCAGAUGAGUGGGCCCAGUGCCCCCCAGACCCCUGUCCUGCUGAGGAGACGCCAAGGGGAAUUGGGGGAUGCCUGGGUCAGAGACCGGGUCGACAUCCAGAGUACCCACCCCUUCCGGAUCCUCCUGGCUGGGGAGACAGGCCCAGGAGGCGUCGUGGGCCUAGAUGACCUCAUCCUAUUCAACCACUGCAAAACGGUUCCAGGAGUGUCCGCCCUGUGGUUACCACCUCCUAAGCCCUGGGCCCUGGCCCCAUGGCCUCAGCCAACCAGCCUGCAGUCCCAGGAUGCCUGCAAACCAGAGCAUCUCUCCUGUGGGGACCUGUGUGUACCCCCGGAACAGCUGUGUGACUUCCAGCAGCAAUGUGCAGAGGGCGAGGACGAACAGCAGUGUGGUACCACUGACUUCGAGUCUGCCUCAACUGGGGGCUGGGAGGACACCAGUGUGGGACGGCUGCAGUGGCAGCGGCUCCAGGCCCAGGAGAGCAGGGGGCCUGCACGGGAUGCCAGCGGGGCUGCUGCUGGGCAUUUCCUAUCUCUGCAGAUGGCCUGGGGGCAGCUGAGGUCUGAGGCCCGGGCCCUUACACCCACCCUGGGCCCCUCUGGCCCCAACUGUGAACUCCACAUGGCUUACUAUUUCCAUGGUCACCCCCGAGGCUUCCUGGGACUGGUUGUGGUAGAAAGAGGCUCCCGGGAGCUGGUGUGGCAGGCCCCUAGCAGCAGCACUGGGAGCUGGAUGGUGGACAAGGUCCUUCUUGGAGCGCGCCACCGGCCCUUCCAGCUGGAGUUUGUUGGUCUGGUGGACUUGAACGGUCCUGGUCAGCAGGAAGCUGGGGUGGACAAUGUGACCAUGAGGGACUGCAACCCCACAGUGACCACUGAGAAAGACCAAGAGGUCACCUGUAACUUUGAGCGGGAUGAAUGUGGCUGGCACACGGGCCACCUCACAGAUGCCCACUGGCACCGGAUAAAGAGCCAUGGCCCUGGAUAUGAUCACACCACUGGUCAAGGCUUUUUCAUGCUUCUGGACCCCACAGACCCCCCUGCCCGAGGCCAAGGAGCCCACUUGCUCACGGGGCCCCAGGUGCCAGCAGUUCCUAAGGAGUGCCUCAGCUUCUGGUACCACAUGUAUGGGCCCCAGAUCGGGACACUGCGCCUUGCCAUGAGGAGGCACGGGGAGGAAGACACGCAGCUAUGGUCCCGGUCGGGCACCCAUGGCAACCGCUGGCACCAGGCUUGGGUCACCCUCCACCACCAGCAAGAGCCUGGAACCGAGUACCAGCUGCUGUUCGAGGGUCUCCGGGAUGGGUACCAUGGUACCAUGGCUCUAGAUGAUGUGGCUGUGCGGCCUGGCCCCUGCUGGGCCCCGAGGAGCUGCUCCUUUGAGGACUCAACCUGUGACUUCUCCACUGGAGGCUGGGGCCUAUGGAUACGCCAGGCAAAUGCCUCGGGCCAUGUUCCCUGGGGCCCCCAGAAAGACCACACCACAGAAACCACACAAGGGUACUACAUGGUGGUAGACACCAGUCCAAAUGCGCUGCCCCAGGGCCAUGUGGCCUCUCUGACCUCAGAGGAGCACCCACCCCUGGCCCAGCCUGCCUGCCUGAACUUCUGGUACCACCUGAGCCUGCACAACCCAGGCACCCUGCAGGUCCACAUAGAAGAGGGUGGGAGACGCCAGGUGUUCAGUGUCAGUGCUCACGGUGGGUUCACCUGGCGGCUGGGCAGCGUGGAUGUGCAGGCUGAGCUUGCCUGGAGGGUGGUGUUUGAGGCAGUGGGUGCAGGUGUGGAGCACUCCUACAUGGCUCUGGACGACCUUUUCCUCCAAGAUGGGCCCUGCACCCAGCCAGGGUCCUGUGAUUUUGAAUCUGGCUUGUGUGGAUGGAGCCACCUGGCCUGGCCCAGCCUGGGUGGGUAUAGCUGGGACUGGAGCAGUGGAGCCACCCCUUCCCACUAUCCUCAGCCCACUGUGGACCACACCCUGGGCACAGAAGCAGGCCACUUUGCAUUCUUUGAAACCAGCGUGCUGGGGCCUGGAGGCCGGGCAGCCUGGCUGCGCAGCGAGCCCCUGCCUGCCACUGAGGCCUCCUGCCUCCGUUUCUGGUACCACAUGGGCUUUCCUGAGCACUUCUACAAGGGCGAGCUGAGGGUGCUCCUGAGCAGUGCCAGGGGCCAGCUGGCUGUGUGGGGCGAGGGCGGGCACCUUCGGCACCAAUGGCUACAAGUCCAGGUCGAGGUGGCCAGCACUGAGGAGUUCCAGAUCGUGUUUGAAGCUACUCUGGGUGGCCAGCCAGUUCUGGGGCCCAUUGCCCUGGAUGAUGUUGAGUACCUGGCCGGGCAGCACUGCCAGCAGCCUGCACCCAACCAGGGGGACACAGCAGCCCCUGUGUCAGUGCCAGCCGCAGUUGGUGGAGCCCUCCUCUUCCUCAUACUCCUGAUGUUGCUGGGACUUGGGGGACAGCACUUGCUGCAGAAGAGGGGCUGCCCCUUCCGGAGGGGCACAGACACUGCAGCCCCCGGCUUUGACAACAUCCUCUUCAACGCGGAUCAAGUCACCCUCCCAACAUCUGUAACCAGCAACCCAUAGGUCAGACAAGGCCUUGGCACCUCAUGCAAACAGCCCCAGUCCUUGGUCAGACCUCAGCCAGGGAGCUGGACAUGGGACCUCCUCCCAGUGUGGGCCAGGCCAUGGGACUCAGGGGACAUGCUGAGCUUCCAUGUCCCUCCCCCUAGCCUGUGACUGCACAGGUGUAUGUGGGGGGGCUGUUUCCCUGUUAAUAAAUGCCCAUGCGGCAGCCCAGGCUCUCAGUGUCCAUGUGCUGUGGCCAGUGGGUGGGUGACCCUGCUCGGGAUUCAAGACCUGACCUGACACUGACCUGGGGGACAUGCUUGGGACCCUCCUUGCUCCUCAAUGCACCUGGCUGGGAAGAUUAGAUUCUUCUCAGGCUAUGAAGCAGGCACGAUCCACACAGAACCAUGGGCACCAGCCCAAAAGGACCCCAGAAGCCACUGACCCAGACCAAGCA